AUGAUAGGAUGUGAAGUAACGUUUCAAGAUUUUGAUGCGUCGAAGGAUGAGGACUUGUUAACACAAUGCCAUUUGUUAUGUCGUGAAGUAUUCUCCCAGGAGUAUGGUCUCAAGGAAUUACCGGGCAUUGAUGGGGAGGAUGAGGAUAGUAGACAGAUUGUGGCUCGAUGUAUAGAUAGCGAUUCAAUAAUCGCUACUUGUCGUUUACGUCUCAUGCAGCCAUAUGUCAAGCUGGAGCAAGUUGCUGUCCGCAAGAAAAUUCUUCGCUUUCUUUUUUUUCAUGAUUGGCGAGGACGAGCUAUUGGGCAUCGUAUAUGUCGGCGUGCUAUCGAGUUAGCAGAAUAUCUGUAUGAUAAGCAAGUUCUGGUAACAUAUUCACAGCAUAGUACUGUGAAAUUUUACGAACAACUUGGAUUCAUGGUGGUAUCAAGCGAAUUUUUGGAUGCUGGUAUCUUACAUAAGACGAUGUUUUACCCUCCGCGUCGAAAUAAGCUGCCUACAUUGCAUUUAUGGGGAUUGAGCAAUGCUAAACAUAAAAAUACACCAGGUGAAUGCUUUGACCCAGCCGUUAUGGAGAGGAUAAAAGAAACUAUUAUAUCAUUCAAGGAGCAAAAUAUCCCUAGAUUGGUGCAUCUGCAGCACUUACCAGACGAAUAUGUCGUUGGUCGUUCGCUAAUUCGAAUUUACAAAGAAUGCGCCCAGGCAACACUAGCAAAGAAUUUCACACGGAGUAAACAACUAGAAAAAUUUCUAAUGUCGAUAGCUUGGGAAAAAUUAAAUACUGGCCAUUAUGGAGAGGUUGAUGAAGCUUGGAGAGUUUUUUACGCAGUCAUUAUGAUGUGCAGAGCUGUACGUUUGAAAUUUGAGGAGCGAAUACAGGAAGCUCUUUAUGCUUGUGAUACUGGUUUAAUAAUGGGUCGUGACAUCGAUGGUUUUGCGUUAUCGAACUUCGCUCAUCAUUUGCAUUCUUCUUUAUCAGAGCCGUCAGCCCCCGUCUCUUUAAAGACACAAAAACUUUUGCAACCGCCAUCUCUCUUACCGAACUCAGUUUAUGUUGAUGUUUGCGAGCUCCCUUCGUUUGAAGAAAUGUUGAAGAUUAUAGAAAAUCAAAAACCAGUGAUCAUAAAAGGACUUGUAGAUCAAUGGCCUGCAUUUAGAAAAUGGAACUUCUCUUAUUUUAACGAAGUUAUUGGUUAUCGUACGGUUCCUAUUGAAAUCGGUAGCAGUUAUGCAGAUAACGACUGGAAACAAGUUUUAAUGACUUUUCGUGAUUUCAUUGAAAAAUUCAUAGAGUGCGAGAGUUCAGAUGGACCGGGUUAUUUGGCACAACACCGCUUGUUUGAUCAAGUUCCAGAACUUCUGGAUGAUAUUAUCAUCCCGGACUACUGUGCAUUUGGGGAAGACGGAAUUGACAAUGUUGAUAUGAAUAUUUGGAUUGGGCCAGCGGGGACUGUAUCACCUUUACAUUUCGAUCCAAAAAGUAACAUAUUCUGUCAGGUAGUUGGUCGGAAAUUUUUACGAAUAGUAUCUGCAGUUGAAACCGAAAACGUCUACCCUCGAGAAGAUGGGAUUUUAACCAACACCAGUCAGCUCGAUAUACGAUAUCCGGAUAUAACGAAAUUUCCACGUUUUCGCGAAGCUCAUGUCUUUGACUGUAUAUUGUGUGCUGGUGAAUGUUUGUUUAUACCAGCUGGAUUUUGGCAUUAUGUCCUUGCACUUGAUCCCAGUAUAUCUGUGUCUUGCUGGUUCACUACCAAAUCAUAA